AUGGGUAUUGACAAGCUAACGCCGCACGAUCCCCGCGUCAGAUACUUGACGGCUCCAGCACGUGGCAAGACCUAUGGAUACUUGCUGGCUGAGCCCGCCGACGCUCCCAUCGACACUAUCCUGCUUUUGCAUGGCUUUCCGGACUUGAGCUUUGGAUGGAGAUACCAGAUUCCUCAUCUCGUCUCCCUCGGCUACCGAGUCGUGGCACCCGAUGCGGUUGGAUACGCCUCGACCGAUGCACCGCAGGAGCUUGAAGCCUACACCACCGCCAGCCCGGCAGACGACUGCCGUGAUAGUCGGCGGCCACGACAUGGGCGGCGAGACGUGCUGGCAAGUCGCGGCCCGCCACCCGCAGCUCGUCAAGGCCGUCUUCAGCGUCUGCACGCCGGUCCUCGAGGUGGGCGACACGCACACGCCGCUCGAGGACCUGAUUGCGGCCGGCAAGUGGACGCACUUUGGCUACUAAAGUUAGCUGCAGCUCAUGGGCCCCGCGGUCGAUCAGCGCAUCCAGGGCCCCGACAAGAUUCGACAGCUUCUCAACGCCAUGUGCGGCGGCACCACCGCCCACGGCGAGCACGGCAUCAGUCUCUCCACGGGGUCAAGUUUGACAUUCUUCCGCAUCUGGGACCGACGCCGCUGAUCUCCGCGUCGGAGCUCGACUACUACACGGAGCAGUACAUGCGCCGCGCCGCGCCCCAGAUGCGCGGGCCGCUCAACUACUACCGCCUGCAGGCGCUCAACUGGGCGGACGGCGCGGCGCAAAAGGACAAGGCCGUCAGGAUCAGGAUGCCGGCACUGUUCAUCGCGGCGGCGGAGGAGGAUGGUGCCGUGCCGCCGUCGCUCGCGGAAGGCAUGGGCAAGAUUGUGCUUGACUUGACGUCGGAGCUGGUUCAGGCCGGACACUGGGCGCUGUGGCAGGCGCCGGCCGCGAUCAAUGAGACUCUGAAGGGUUGGUUGAAUUCUGUGGCUCAGAAGACUUGA